AAUGACCAGGGUCUCUGGCCAGGAAUGGAGGAGAGACGGAUGUCAGAGACUAUGAAUGAGGCAAGGAAGCUGCUUAACAGAUCCCUGGCGAAGAAACCAGCCAGCAAACCAUCUGGGGUCCGUGGGGUGUCGUGGAGGCGCGACGAGACCCUCGACCUGCUUUCCCUCUGGGGGGAGCAGAACGUGCAGGAGGCCCUUCGCAGCUGCCACCGGAACAUCGACUCCUUCGAGAUGAUCUCAAAGGAGAUGAGCAAGCGGGGCCACAACCGCUCUGCCGUGGAGUGCCGGACCAAGGCCAAAGCCCUGCGUCUGGAGUACAAGCGGGUGGUCACGCUCAACAGCCAGAUGGGCAGCAACCGGGCGACCUGCCCGUACUUCGAAGAGCUCCACCGCAUCCUGCGAGGGGACGCUAGCGUGAAGCCCAAGCGGGUGCCUCGCAGCUUGAACGCUCUUCGCAGGCCUGCCGAGCCCCAAAGGCCCCCUCCUAUGCUGCAGGAAGGCUCGGAGCAGCUCCUCAUCUGUGAACUGCCGACCGUCAAGGUGGAGAACAUCGUGGAGGAUGUGCGUUGCUCCACCCCUGCACCUUCAAGAACUGUCAUGAUGGACCCUGCAGGCAGCCGACCCACCCCCCACCCGAAGGAGGAGGCGGAUGAGAUGCCGAUAGAGGAGGCGGCCACACCAGCUCACACAUCUGGGGACGAGGAGCAAUGCGCCAGGACCCCUGAAAGUCCCACAGGGAGUGCUAGAGGAGGCGUGGACGCAGACCCCCAUCCAGCAGAACUCUCCCCUGCCACACGCCUGGCCAACGCGCGCGCCAAGAAGCGCCGCGUUCCCGGCCUCUACAGCGUGGCAGAGCGCAUGAUGGAGCAGUCAAGCCGGGAGCACACCCAGGAGCUGGAGGAGCGCCGCCGGGAGCAUGCAGCGGAGAAGAGGCGGUACGCGGAAGACAUGGUGGAGCGCCGCAGGCAGCACGAGGAGAUGAUGGCGGAGAUGCGGGCGGACAGGGAAGAGGCGCGAGAGGACAGGAGGGUGGUGGAGGAAGCCCUGCAGCGCAACUUCCGCGUCAUGGAAGCCGCCAUGAAGAGCCUGGACAGACUGGGGGAGCUGAUUUUGCAGCAGCAGCAGCACCAGAAGGUGCUAGAGAUUUAA